GGGCAAGACAGAGGCAAGAAGGAUUGAGGGGUAUUGUAACUAAUUGCAUCAUACCUGUCGACAUCUCGUACAAGCCGUCAAUGUGUGUGCGAUGCGACCGUCGGGGAGAUCGAAUGCAAAGGAUUCCGGCGAUGGCUGCCCUGUGUAGGGUUGCGCGCUCUGGGUCAUGGCUCGUUGGGAGACCCCCAAGCUCGGAGCAAGAUGUAAGAAGGAAGGAAAAAUCACAUGCGUCGGUGUUGCAAGAGGAUGCCAUUCAAAGCACGUUUGAUCGGUCCACCAGGUGUCUUUGGCACUAUCGACAUGGUCCCGUCAUGCGGCUCUCUCGGGGUUGCGGUUCGGUUGAGUGGACGGUGAAGCGGUAGGGAGCAAUCGCGACGGUCGAAGAUUCGCCGAGGGUUUGGAGUCUUCCAGUGAGAAAAGGAUCCAAAAAGGCAAGGGGGUGGUGAGAGGUCAAGAGAAAUGAAAAGAGGCGUAUCAAAGUGCAGUCAGGCUGAUACCGCACAGGUUACGGCCGGGACUCGAAGCGGGUGUGGCAGUGGCCGUGGAUGGUGGGGACUAGUGCGAGUUUGGUCGCACGGGUCGGUGGUGGUGGUAGUAAUGGUGGUGGUGGGCAGUGAUGAUGGGAGUUGCCUUGGGCCUCGGGGGUACUGAGCGUACGGAGUACAGAAGGUAGUGUAGACAAUAGUUACUUGUCAGAACUGAGUAAGAAAGAACCCAAGUGAUUCCAAGUCGAGCAUUCCUCGGUCCAGAUCUGGAUCGACGGGAAAUUAGAGCUUGGGGUUUUAGAAGCGACGGACGGUCUUCCGCCGAUGUGGGGGGGUGGGAAAGGGUGGGAAAGGGAGGAAAAGGGAAAAGGGAACGGAACCGACGACUGAGUCGUCGUCCUGUAGGACGGAGUGGACGGGGGCGGAAUGUGAACGCGAUCAUUGGUUGAUUGGCCGGUUUUUGGUGUGGAGGAGAAAGAAAAAGGAGGGGGGAAUGUCAAGGAAUCAACCACGGUAGAGGGACGAUAGCACGAGAGAUUAGCACGGAAAGAUGUUGUAAUCUAUGACUCUGAUGAUCUGCUCGAACGAUAGGGUACGAUCAAAUGUCAAAUGUCAAAUGUCGAAUGCGAGUUGAAGGUCCUCGAGUUGGUGUACUGUACUGCCGUAUAGUGCCAUGGUGUAUAGUUUUGUGCAAACCGUACGGGAGUAUACGGCGUACAGCCAAAAGAUGGACUCGCAGAUCGGGCUAGAAUCCACGGGGCUUGUGCUGCCGACAGAAACCCGUUUCAAACACUCUCUGACACGACACUCCGAUUUGCCGAGUGCAUUAGUCUAGUGUACAUCAUACUAUCUCCUGCCCGAUGGAGUUGAUACUAACUUUGCUGGACCGUAGUUACUCCGUACUCUUCACCCAUAGGACCACGAAGCGGGUCAAGUAGGGGACUGUACGUACCGAGUAUAGGAAGAUGAGGACGAUAGGACUCUUCAGGUGGUUCUUGCAAUUACGGCAGGUAUCCUCAUCGGGUAUUCUCGUUCAUUUCUUUUUUUCCAUCUCUAUCCCAACCCCGUCGGAAUCUCGGAGAUCCUACGGGUUGCGCCGUCCGUGCGGUUUCACGGACACUCAGAACGGCUCAGUUGGUGACUGGCCCUUCCAGUCGUGAUUUUAGUCCCCUUUGAAUCUCAACCAAUGAACUGCCGAGUACACUCCUAGUUUUCGCAACUGUCCAAUCCUCUCCAACUAGAAUCGUCUCGCCCUUUCGAGGCAAAAUUGGCCGGUCUCGCUUUCUGAUCAGGUUCUUGCUCGUCCGUUCCUGUCGAUUUCCCCCUUGCUCUUCCUCUCGGGUAAGGCUGAGUCGGAUGCGGAUGGGGGCAGUCGUUCGAUAAUUUAAAACGAUCCUUCGGCUCAUGCAGGUGAGUCUGGCCGUUUGGCAGAAACUAAGUUAGUUUCAACGUCUUCGCCCCCCUCCAGAAGCCAGCUCCAAUUAUCGGGCCUCGAUCAUACACGCGAAAUAUACCUCGAAACGCACGCUGGCAAGCAGAGCCUCGGUCUCGCCCACCUUUCCCCCCUCCUCUCCCUUUCCGAAUCCGCCCCAGGUUCCCCAAGGGACCAUGAGCUGCCAGGAUGCCCGCGAUGGCUACCACCUUCCUGGACAACCCGCUGCUCAAAGUUAGUCGGCCGGUCGCUGCCUGCUCGCGAUGCCGCACCGCCAAAAUCAAAUGCGAUGGCAAGCUCCCCGCCUGUUCGGCUUGCGAGAAGGUCGGCAAGGCCAGCUCUUGCUCGGGAGCGAGCGACGAAUUCGCCAAGGGCAAGGAGCGAAGCUACGUCGCUUCACUCGAGGGAUACUGUGAGAAACUCGAAAAGAAAAUUUCCUUGUUGCGAAAUCGCCAGAACUCUCUCCCCCUCGAAGGCAAUGGCGUGGUGCGGGAGAUGUCCAUCACCUCGAACUCCUCCGAUGGACCGGUCGGCUCGGCCCACCGCCGUGAGGUCUCCGAUAUCGAUGAUCUCGUCGGCGACUUUGGGUUCCUGUCGGUCAAUGCGACCUCACGCGACUUCCAAGGCAUCACCUCCAAGACCACAUUUGCGAAUCUGCUCCUUUCGGUCGCCACGGUGGGAUACCCACCACCCCGCACGCACAACCCGCUACCCGCGCGACACGAGGCGACCCCUCUCUUACAAUAUUAUUUUGAUAAUGUCUUUGUUCAAUUACCGUUUUUCGUGGAAACCAGCUUCUGGACGUCGGUCGAUGCGGUCUAUCAAUCGGGUGGUCGAUUUGCCAAACCCUUUGACCAUUGGACGGUCAGGAUGGUUCUCGCCAUUGCCUCGGCAUCGAUUUCAUAUCGGAGUAACGAUAAAAGUCACCAGCGAGCCUUGGCAUUGGUGUCGGAGGCGUUGAUCUAUGCAGAGGAAGUCUUCCGCCCCGGGUCUAUCACGUGCAUCCAAGCAAUCCUGCUUCUGGCCCAGUAUGCGCUGGCAGAUCCAGGCCGGUUCCGAAGUUGGUACCUGGUAGGAAUGGCAGUGAGGGUGGCGGUCGACCUAGGUCUACAUCAAGAUCCUCCUGCAGAAGUGCUGUUGAAUCCAGACCGACUAAAUAUUCGACGGCGGGUAUUCCACUGCCUGUAUUGUCUAGAUCGAGGGAUGAGCACUGCACUUCAUCACACCUUUUCAUUCUCCGACGCAUCGGUGAACGUCGCGCUGCCGGAGACCAACUCAUCGGCCUCUAGCCCAGAGCAAACAUCCGUCUUCUUACGAAGCCCCGCUCCAGCCCUACAUAUUGUCAAGAUCCGAAAGAUCCUAUCAAACGGAUAUCAAGACAUGUACUACGGCUCACGAGAACCAUCCCCUCAGCCACUCAUCCAAAUAUGGUCUCUCUGCUCCCAGGCUCGCCAAUGGUUCCACGACUGUCCCAAAAACGCCCCCAACCACUUCUCCCUCCUCUACCGCCUCGAGCUCCUCUACACAAACAUCGUCCUCCUUUCCCCCUCCAACCGAUACCCCGUCCUCUGCGACUACAACAAAGCCCUCCUCUUCGACCGCUGCAUGGAUUUUAUCAGCCAAAUCCACCAAGUGCUAGAGAACCCCAGCAUUCUCCCCUUUCUCACCUUCUUAGAUAUCACCCGCGUCCAACAAGUCGGCCUCCUCUUUGUCCAAGUCCUCAUCGAGGACUUUGACUUCCUCCUCAGUCCCGUCGUGCCCAACCCCCCUCCCGUCCCGACAGGAACACCCGACCCGCCCAUCCUCGCCGAAGAAGAUAGAAUCAACUGUCGAUCCCGUGCGCUGCGCUGUCUCACGUACGUGCGUGAUUUGCUUCAGUACUCGGCCCGGAAGUGGGAUCUUCGACGGCCGCUGGAUGAAUUUGAGAGGGAGUCCGCGCCGUUGGGGAAGAUGCUUCGCGAGGGGCCGGCGAGUUAUGGGAAUAAUCAGAGUCAAGCGUACUCACGGGCACCGCUGGCGGGCAAUGGGUAUUCAGGCUAUCAUUUAGGAUAAGUUUUGUAUUUUUCAUGAAUCGAAUAAUGGAUUUUGACUUUGACUACUUCUCAAUUUCAAAAUUGUCUUAUUACUUAUGUUUUAUGAGAUUGGAUCGAGCGAUCUGGGCUGACCUGUCGAGGGUGAGAGAGAUAUAAUAAGACAAAAGAGAGAUAGUCGAAAACGGCGUACAUAGACCACUUAUCUCAUUCGCUGAAUUUAGUCAUGGAAUUACUACUAUACUUUAUG